CGCCGCUGCUGCGCCUCUCGUUCGGAACCGGCUCGAGCCCCACCUGUCAGCCACGAGUCGCCUUGCCGCCGGGGCACUCCCACUCCUAGGGUUCAAGCCCCCGGCCAUGGCGCCGCCGCCGUCGUCCGAGCAGCCAGACGCCGCCGCUCCCGGGGCCGGCGCGAUCUCCAGGGUCCUCAUCGUCAUGGCGAUGGAGAAGGAGGCGAUGCCGCUCGUCAACAAGUUCAAGCUCGUCGAGGCGCCCGCCCGCGAAUCCAUAUUUCCUAAAGGUGCCCCAUGGACUAGGUUCUAUGGCAUCUACAAAGACCUCCACCUUGACCUUGUCAUGCCUGGAAAGGAUGCUGUUUUUGGAGUUGACAGUGUUGGUACUGUAUCAGCAGCUCUUGUGACUUAUGCUUCCAUUCAAGCAUUGAAGCCAGACCUUAUCAUUAAUGCUGGCACUGCUGGUGGCUUCAAGGCCAAAGGAGCAAGCGUUAAAGAUGUCUUCCUAGCAUCAGAUGUUGCAUUCCAUGACAGGAGGAUACCAAUACCUGUUUUUGACAUGUAUGGAAUUGGAGCACGGAAAACUUUUGCAGCCCCAAAUAUCUUGAAUGAACUCAAUUUCAAGCUUGGCAAGUUGUCGACUGGGGAUUCUCUUGAUAUGUCUCCCCAGGAUGAGGAGGCUAUACUGAGCAAUGAUGCUACAAUCAAGGAUAUGGAGGGAGCAGCUGUGGCAUACGUUGCGGACAUGUUCUCAACUCCAGCAAUCUUUGUGAAAGCCGUGACUGAUAUUGUGGAUGGGGACAAGCCAACAGCAGAAGAGUUUCUGAAUAACCUGAUCUCCGUGACAGCAGCACUGGACGUGGCAGUCACCAAAUUGGUGGAUUUCAUCUGUGGGAAACGCAUCUCUGAUCUUUAGGAACUCCAACUGCCUCUCCAUGCUGUUUCCCGGCCGGCAGAAACUGAAUAUGCUCAUGAAUCCAAGAUCCCCCCCCCCCCCCCCCCCUUGCUUUGAUGCACAAUACAAGUAGGAUACAAUACAAUUAGGCUGUAUGAUUACUUUUGGAGGGGUUCUGUAUGUGAGGUUUUACAUUCUUACCUGUACAAAAUUCUGGUCGAGCCAUGGUGUGGAAUUUUGUAGAAUAAUUUGCGAGGCAUACCUUUCGUGCGGAAAUAAAAUGCUGGGGAGAACUGGAAUCCUCGUGGGGUUAGUUGAA